CGCAGCCUCCUCUUCCCUUCCUCAAAAACAACUGUGACACCCGCACGAGAACGACAACCCUUUGCGCUGUCAACCACCAACAGACAGGUGAUCUUGUUGCCUACAUGUCCAGAUCGGAUGGCCUGCAAUCCGAUCUCUAGGAGACCUUGCUUACGCUGACCUUGCACUUGCAAUAAUGGCAGACAUUGCGACAACUGACGCGACAACUGACGCUGACCCAGCUUCCAAGGCCACCAUCCAGAUUGAAUCUCAGGCCCCAUCUGAUGAACGUCUCUUGGUCAAAUGGCUUGAGAAACAAUCUACUUCCACACAGAUUAUGUAGGCACACAUCCACAUGUCUUCUCAGUGUUGAGCCAGGUCUAAUGCGUAUGAAACAGCCUUGCAGAAAAGAAAAUUCAAGAGUUGCUUCAGCAAGCCUCUCAGCCACGGCAUGCCUCGGGAAAAGCAUGUCUCAAGCUCUGCUACUUUGUUGAGCAGUGUACGAAGUCCUCGUCCAGGAGCAUUCAAGAUGUUGCUUUCUCGAAAGAGACCUCGCUUGGCCUUUUCAACUUCUAUGUUGAAUGGAAUGAAAAAAGCCAGGCCCGUUCAAUGAGACAGGUCUUGGAGCUCAUAUCCUCGCUACUUGCUCAAAAUCCCAACACCGAAAUAUCUUCGUGUGUAAAAGCUGUCAUUUUUCAACAGACCUUCCCCCUCAUCACUCGCGAGGCCGCUCACCCAUUGGUCAAACCUUCCUUCAAGUCGUUGGAAUGCUUAUUGGGAAAAGGCACAGUCUUGCCUGAAGAGUUAUUCAGCGCAUAUGAGCUUUACGAUUCGCGGAAUGAUGCAACAAAUCCCAUUGAGAAGGAUUCAGAGCUUAUCAUUCAGUCGUGGGAUUCUUUUGUCUCAGUUGUUUUCUACUGGCUAGGUCCAGCAGAUGUUUCUGCAGCUGCAGGAAAGUUUCUUGUCACGCUGCUCAAACCCCUGAGAACCAAUUCUGGGGUCAACUUGAGCCCUUCAUUGGACCACAGUAACUUGUGGCAACGCUGGAUACGAGAUGGCCUUGCAAAGAAUCCUCACGCACUGGAGAAUGUGAAGAACUAUCUUUUCUCCCCGCUAUUCAAGCUCGACAGACAAGGGUCUCUAGCUUUCCUUCAAGACCUUAACCAAAAAAAACCAAUUUCAACUAUACUUAGUGGGGACAUUGAUUCUCAUGCUCUUGUGCAGUUGGCGGCCAUAGACGCUGGGAAAAAAGCCGGUUUGAUCCAAGAGCCAAGUAGGGAAUGUUUCCGCCAUUUAAGACCUUUGGACUGACCUGGGAAUUAGGUAGCAUUCGCCCUGAAGAAACCAAAUCCAAAAAACUGGGCGAAUCGAUUAUCCUGGAUGAGGAAGCAAUCGAUUCUCUUUUGGCCAAUGCUUCUGACACAAUUCGAUCGCUUGCGUUUUCUGUACUCACUUCUUCAUUUUCUUCAACCCGCCCAUUCAGUCCUGCUGUUCUUGAUAUCUUGCGGCCCAACAUGGGUUUACUUUAUGCAGACACAGAUGCCAAGUUUCGAAAUGAAGUUUUGAGCAACACCAAACACUUGAUUGAGAGGUUGAGAGGAGCAACUGCUCUGCUUGCUAGGGAAAUUGAGCAGUGUUCAUUCAAGAUAAGCCAUGGGGAUCCGCUAAACUCGGCUUUGCUCGCAAAAGAGAAAACAGUUCUCCAUGCAACUCAAGAACUUUUUUCAAAACACCAGAAGUUUCUUGAGUGGUAUGUGAACUUCUUAUUAGGAGAGCUGAUCCCAACUUCCUCCUAUCAGAGGCAUAUCAUGGCGUUGAGAGCCAUCCAUAUACUCCUGCACUCACGGUUGCAGGGUCCUGGAUCCGCACUAUCCUCCAUUCCAGUGCCUGCGAAUUCUACAAAAUGGCCAUUCUCCCUGCAAUUCUUCAAUGCACGCUCAAUGAGACUCUUGCUAGAUCUCUUGAUGGACCCUUUUGAGGAUGUUCGAAGUACUGCGGCGGAUAUCUUGAGGCUUUCCGAUCGCAUAAACUUCAUGAAGGUUGGGCCUCAAGAUGACAAGAAGUCCCUGCAAGACCUCUCCAAUGGAGGAAGUUUUCCUACCGUCGAGAUAAUGCAAGACACCAAGUGGGUACCGCCGGUUUGUGAUCAGCCAUCAACUCUUCUCACAGAUUUCAUCUCGAAGGCAGAGGAAGCGUCGAAAAGAACUGGUCGCGCUGACUAUGCCGAUGGGGUAGCUCGAUCGUAUAAAAUCUUAUACGAUCUGCAAAUUUCGUUAGACGCACGAUUGCAAUUGAUCGAUGGGUUGGUCAAACGGGUAGAACAAAAAGUCUCGAUGGCUGAAAAGGACCUUGCGCUUGCGGUAUUGGAAGCCCCGACGCAUGGUGAUUUUGCAGCGCUGAGGUCGGUCUGAUGGACGUCUCUUAUACUCGAAAUUCGCUGAUUGAUUAAUAGCCUCGUUUCCAAUAUCGCGGAUCUUUCACUGGAUUACCAGGCGUCAGCAGUAGAUCAGUCAGCUCAGUGGGAAAAAUGGGCCAACCUUCAGCUCCAGAUGGUGUCAAUAUCUUCUCGCAUCUGGGAAGCUGUAAAAGAGGUCUUGUGCAACGACUCCCCAGAAGGCAAUCUUCCUGAUGGCAUCGAAGAUGUAGACAUGAUCGACACAAAGGACGUAUUGAGCUACAGCUUUCGUGCUGUUCAUGGGUCAAGGUAGGUUGUAUUCAUCUUUUCUUAUUGGGGGAGAACCGCUGCUGUGGUUGUAGUACCAGGUCACAUGAAUAGAAGAUAGGUCGGGUACUCUAUUGUCCAAAGCCGCAGCCUCCACCACCUCCAGCCCUGUUUGUUUUUCAGGCACUAAUUUCUAAUCAAGUCUUCUCCUAAACAUCCUCUCUUCUAAUCUCAAGCAACAUUGGCCAGAAGCAUUUUCUGCAACCAUCUACGAAACAUUCAACGCAAUUGCGAAUCUGUCCUUCACACAAUUAUCUUGCUUGCGGCACCGUGGAGCAUUCUCGACUGUCGCUAAUACCUUCGACGCCUGCUGCAAGCUUUCCCACAGCAAAGUUUUACAAAAGUACGCCAGUAUUGCGACAGACGCUUCCUUACCCACUCCAGCUUUGCAAGUCCAGACCCAGCUCUCGCCUCUUGACCAAUUGAUAGACGCUUGGUGGCAGGUAUGUUCCCUUGACUCCACGAUUUGACAGCUUCUCAUAGCAAUAGCGGGCUCUCCAAGCCAUCGAUACCCAAUCCUCAAGCACCCGUCGCUCAGCUGGUCUUCCGGCUCUAAUGACAUCGAUCAUGAGCGUGAUGGACCUGAACUCCCAUCUUCGGCAGUUGGUGGACAAGUCGAGAGAGGGCGCUACAACAGAAGCAUCCCGCGUCCAUCUUUUAAACUCUAUCCGUGAGGCAUUUAAAAACCCUUCUUGCAACUCACGUCUCGAACCCAAUGUCAUUGUCGACUGCUUCAAAUUAGCGGCCGAGAACUUCACUUCGACAGCGUACGUACCUGCGCCAACAUCCCAUGUCACGUCUCAAAACUAAUAUGUUCCUAUCAUCAGUUACCCAUUACGGAAUUGUGGCCUCCUACUUUUCCAGGCCCUGGCAAAUCAUCUACUAGGCGCCGAGAAUAAGUUCGAAGCAGAGCGGGGAUGGUCAGGAGAGGAUUCCAAAGUAUCGUUUGCAAAGUAUCCGGGUCUCCUGGAGGUACUGCUGGGCGGUUUACAUGUUUUCUGGUCCGGAAACCCUCAACAAGUUGAUCAACAGGCCACACAGGGGCUGUUUCCUGUACUAGAUGUGAUCCGACGAGGAGGGGUUCCUCGGGAGCAUCUUCAUCGGUUCAAACAACUGAUUCUCACACAUAUGCAAAGUAACGAGUGGCAUGUCCGGGAAAUCUCGGCUAAAGCAUUCGUUGCCCUGACCCCUCGUGCCGAUUGGCAACUGGCCAUACAAGAGCUGUUUGCGAGAAGAAACAGAUCGACAGAUAUUUCAAAUAAUAAAGAACAUGGUGUUCUCUUGGCGAUUGAGCUAGUUUUGAGACGGGAGUUAGAGUCGACAAAUAUGUUCACUCCAGAUGAAGAUUAUGGUAAGCCCCUUGCUACUUCGAUACAUCCCUCAGGCUAACCUUCUGCAGAUUACGUCAAGCAGGCCAACGCGAUUUUCCGUAGAUAUUACCACGAACUCCCAAAGUCCGAGUGCCCCUCAGUCCGCCAAAAAGAGUUGGAGGCUGGAAACUUGAUCUUACAACUCCUAAUUUUGAGAACUCGUAUGAACAAGGGAAAAGACCAGGACGGAAAGCUGUGGAUCCCCUCAGACCUGAAGGUACUCGACGAAGAUCUUGAUUCCAUGCCUGACUAUAAUGAUCCUGAUAUCGCAAUUCGCGGUGUUUAUCUCGCAUAUCUCCGUGGAAAUGUCCAUGAACUCAAGAGAGUCAUGGCACAUUUCUACCAGAGUAGUGAAGCUUCGGCGUUAACCGCUCUUGAUGUCACUUCCUCCAUCUGGGCUGCCAACUACGAACGAGAUUGGCUUGAUCUAUUGAGCAUUUACAAGGCCGUGCUCAAUUGGGACGACAACAAUGGCUGCUGGUGCUUUAAUGCGGCCAAUUCAGCAGCUGUGCAGGCGAGAGCGCUGAGAAACAUCAACGAUCUCCUCGACGGCCGCUCCUCGACGACUUUCAGUCGUAAAACUCUAAGAGAGGAUCCAAGAGCCUGUGAGUAUCUCAAGGAGGUAACCGGAUAUCUCACGCUGCUCUCAAAUAUCAUAACCCAUAUUUAUUGGGUGCCUGAUCUUGUCAAUCAAUAUAGCAUACUCAAGGGGCAUCUGUUGGGCGCUCAGAUACUCUCAGGUGGACUCUCUGGACAAGAAAGAUCUCUCAUGGCCUUCGCCAAUGCAGCAGAUUCCAAUCUUUCCCAAAAUAAUGUAAGACAUCAUUCUUGACACGUAUGAAACCAUACUCACCGUAAAUAGGCUGUAGACACUCGGUACGCGUGGACUGUCGCUCUGCGUAAUGUUGUCAAGUGGGAUGUUUAUCAUGGCCUCAUUGAUGGCGACGAAACACUGCUCCCAAUCUUAAUUGUAAUUUACAAGGCGCUCAACGAUGAUGAUGAUGGCGUAAGAUCUCUGGCCGCAUCUGCUGUGGAAGAGUUAACGGAACAGCAUAUUACGCCUCUUGGGGCUGCCGAUAUACUCUUGCAGUAUAUCGGCAAGCAUUAUAGCAGAUCUUCGACAUUCGCGCACAACAUUCUUGAGCAUGUUACUGGGCGGGGUCUUUUGAUCUUGCCUCGACAAGCCGGCCGUGAGUUUGAUCUUGCGAGCCAUUUCAGAAAAUCAAUGAUGCCUGACAAUUCACUGUUCGUCGAAGAGCGCCAAAAUCUCUGGGUGGAUCCUGUUAGGGAAUGCCGUCGCUGGUAUGACCAGUGGCGCGCACUUUCUGUCAACUCUGACCGGGUUAUACUUGGAAGGCUUGUCAAAUUUGCUACUAGCGGCUUUCAGGUUAUGACAGACCAGCUCUUGCUGGAAGGGGAUGGACCUCACGGAUGGACGUUCAAGUACGACGUCUUUUCGAUUUGUAUUUCAAUCAUCACAUCCGCCAACAUUGUCCUGACCGCCUGCAACGAGAACCGUCAUGAAGGCCAUAUCACCGAAGAACAACGUACAAACAUGAUGUCUGCUAUGCAAGAGUUCGUCGAACAGGCAGACAAGAGCUCUCUCCACCCCGAGAUCUUUUAUCAACUUCUCGGACCAGAAGCCAUUGCCACCAAUAAACUGGAUGAAUUGAUGCCGUGGCCAUUUGGGCGCCUUCUAGGCGAACAUGUCUAUCUUCGUGGUCCUAACGUCUACUCCAGCCACAGCGCGACAAAACCACCACCCCAUAGAAUAACCUAG